AAAACCCCCGAUUAAACUCUAUACAAACCCCCCCGAACGAGCACUAAAUCGGCCUGAGUCUCGACCUUCACGAUCUUCUUCUUCUCCAGAUCUAUCAAAAUCUCUCCAUCGAUCGAGCUCGAAAUCUCCAGCGUCCUCAAGGCCUUUGGUGGAUUAGUGUCCGGGAAAUACCAUGGGUGGUGGUUUCAGAGUGCUUCAUCUUGUCAGGCCGUUCCUCUCGUUCUUGCCUGAAGUUCAAAGUGCUGAUAGGAAAAUACCAUUCCGGGAGAAAGUCAUUUACACCGUCAUUUCUCUCUUCAUUUUCCUGGUUUGCAGUCAGCUUCCUCUGUAUGGCAUACAUUCCACCACAGGGGCUGAUCCAUUCUACUGGAUGCGUGUUAUUCUUGCUUCCAACCGUGGAACCGUUAUGGAGCUUGGUAUUACUCCUAUUGUGACAUCUGGGCUUGUGAUGCAACUCCUGGCUGGGUCAAAAAUCGUCGAAGUGGACAAUAAUGUCCGUGAGGAUAGAGCUCUCCUAAAUGGAGCUCAGAAGUUGUUGGGCAUUUUGAUAGCCAUUGGUGAGGCUGUUGCAUAUGUUCUUUCAGGAAUGUAUGGAAGUGUUGGCCAACUUGGUGUUGGUAAUGCCAUUCUCAUCAUUAUUCAACUAUGCUUUGCCGGCAUCAUUGUUAUAUGCUUGGAUGAACUCCUUCAGAAAGGUUACGGUCUUGGUUCUGGAAUCUCUCUUUUCAUAGCGACUAACAUCUGUGAAACUAUAAUCUGGAAAGCAUUUAGCCCGACAACUAUCAAUAGUGGACGAGGAGCGGAAUUUGAAGGUGCAGUCAUUGCUCUCUUUCAUCUCCUCAUCACUCGUACGGACAAGGUUCGCGCUCUGCGGGAGGCUUUUUAUCGACAGAAUCUGCCAAAUGUCACGAAUCUGCUAGCCACUGUCCUGAUAUUCUUAAUAGUCAUUUACUUCCAAGGAUUCCGUGUGGUUUUGCCUGUGAGGUCAAAGAAUGCUCGGGGACAGCAGGGUUCGUAUCCAAUCAAAUUAUUCUACACGUCUAACAUGCCCAUCAUUCUGCAGUCAGCUCUUGUAUCCAACAUUUACUUCAUUUCUCAGUUGCUACACAGGAAGUACAGUGGAAAUUUCCUUGUGAACCUUUUGGGUAAAUGGAAAGAAUCUGAGUACUCAAGUGGCCACUCGGUCCCUGUUGGUGGUAUCGCCUAUUAUAUCACCGCUCCCUCAAGCUUGGCUGAUAUGGCAGCCAAUCCCUUCCAUGCACUCUUCUAUCUUGUGUUUAUGUUGUCAGCUUGUGCACUGUUCUCCAAAACAUGGAUUGAAGUUUCUGGAUCCUCUGCUAAAGAUGUUGCCAGACAGCUCAGGGAACAACAAAUGGUGAUGCCAGGUCAUCGUGAGUCAAACUUACAGAAAGAGCUCAACCGCUACAUUCCCACCGCUGCAGCAUUUGGAGGCAUUUGCAUCGGCGCACUGACUGUUUUGGCAGAUUUUAUGGGGGCGAUAGGCUCAGGGACGGGGAUUCUUCUUGCCGUCACCAUCAUUUAUCAGUACUUUGAGACCUUUGAGAAGGAAAAAGCAAGUGAACUUGGGUUCUUCGGUUUCUGAGGUCAUGCUCUUCUCUGGCCAAAGCUUGUUCAACCUCCAGUUUUGGUGAAUCUGACAAAUGCGAGUAGGACAUACAUGCUAGCUGAGAGAUUGGAGAUGAUCACGAUGCUCCUAGGAAAUGCAGACGGGCAACAUCUUAAGAUUGUUUCGUUUCUUAUUUAUCACCUUCUUUCUGCAACCAUUUUUUUGCAGUAUGACUGGAUCUGUACCGUUGUCGCAGCCCGAUCCUAUAGUUUUUCCAAUUUGGAACUCGAUAGCUUGUAGAAUCGAGUGAAACUAGCAAAUUAAGAGCGAGUAAUGGGGACUUCAGUCUUAAUAUGAAUAUCUGUACUUUGUGCCGA